GGCAUUCCAAUUGAUCUUUGCUGCUUUACAGAUUGGUUUGAUGGGCUUCAGACAUUCAUGAGGUACAUUUGUCACAAAAGCUGGUUAGGUGGAUGGUUUAUGCCUCAGAAGAAAAGCUAUUUUGCCCUUCAGCUUCCUAAAGGGUGGUGGGUGUUUGGUCUUGACCAUGCUCUGCAUUGCGACAUUGAUGUAUACCAAUUCAAGUUCUUUUCAGAACUGAUAAAAGAAAAGGUUGGGGAACAUGAUUCUGUGAUCAUUAUGACCCAUGAACCUAAUUGGCUUCUUGAUUGGUACUGGGAUGAUGUGACUGGUAAGAAUGUCUCACACCUGAUACGUGACCAUUUAAGAGGGAGGUGUAAACUUCGAGUGGCUGGGGACUUGCAUCAUUACAUGCGUCAUUCGUAUACUCCAUCAGACAAGCCAGUAUAUGUGCAACAUUUGCUUGUUAAUGGUUGUGGAGGGGCUUUUUUGCACCCUACUCAUGUGUUUAGUAACUUUAACAAUUUAUAUGGGACAUCCUAUGAAAGCAAGGCUUAUCCGUCUUUUGAAGACUCAAGCAGGAUUGCUUUAGGAAAUAUAUUGAAGUUCCGAAAGAAAAAUUGGCGGUUUGAUUUUAUUGGUGGUAUUAUAUAUUUUGUAUUGGCCUUUUCAAUGUUUCCGCAGUGUAAGCUAGAUCACAUCUUACAGGAUGAUACAUUUUUGGGUCACUUAAAGAACUUCUUCAGCACAGUAUGGGAUGCUUUCCUUUAUAUGCUGGGGCAAUCAUAUGUAUCCUGUGCUGGUGCUUUCUUACUGUUAGUUACCGCUUACACUUUCGUACCUUCAAAAGUGUCUCGAAAGAGGAAACUAAUGAUUGGGAUUCUUCACGUUUCUGCACACUUGUCUGCAGCCUUGGUUCUCAUGUUGCUCCUGGAAUUGGGUGUUGAGACGUGUAUCAGGCACAAAUUGUUGGGAACUUCAGGUGAUAGUGUGUUUCUUUUUAUCGCUGAGUUUAAAUGAUAUGUUUUUGUAACUUGUACAAUUGCAUAUGGUUUUCUAUGGGGGUGCUA